CUAUGAUGUCAUUAUUGUAUGAUGUCAUUAUUGUAUGAUGUCAUGAAAUACUAAUGUUUGGUCUUGUUGCUAAACAACACAAUAUUUCCACUAUUACUUUGAUCUUUACCAGACUGCUACAAUGUACUUUAAUAGAUGAUUCAGAUUCUUCUUUUUGGCAUACAUCUUUGGAAACAAUGUUGCAAGCUUCAAGGCAUCAAGGGGACAGCAUGUUCAAAAACAGUGGGCGCCAAUGUAUGGCAAAUUCCUUAUCGGCCAUUCUUACCAGCUACAUACAGCCACCACCAUUCUGGGACAAACAAGUGAUGAAUAACAUUCUUUUUGAUGGGGAUAACAUGUACACUGAAAUUAUUUCCAAAACAAAAAAUAAUUACAUUAAUGUGGACGAAAUACCUUCAGCAAUUGGCUCCUAUUCCAUUGCCAAAGAUACUCCUAUCAGUGGCACUAUACAUAGAAAAACAACAGAAAAGCCAUUUUACUGCCUAUCAGAUGUUUUCACACCAUGCUUGAGUGAUAAAUUCUUCAUUUUUACCAUGGGUUUUGAGCCACCAGCAUACACUAGUGCUAUAGUUUUUCACAAACAACAAUUUUACUUUUUUGACCCUCAUUCACGAUCGGAAACAGGGAUGUGUACGCCCGAUGGGUUUUCCACAAUGACUGUCCAUAAAUCUGUGGACAGUCUGUGUAGAUUUAUUCAACACCUUGCAGCAUCAAUUUUUCAUGGAUCUUGCCAGGACACUCCAUUUGAGGCUACGCAGUUAGUUGUUGCGGAGAACACUGAGGACACUCAGAAGCUGAACUUCACGCACGAGGACAGUACUGAUGCAGAAUCAGAGUUCUCUGGUUUCAGUUCACAAAGUGAAGGGGAUCUUGUUUGUAGACUUUUUUUAGCACAAGAAUCAUUGAACGAUAGUGAUAGUAACUUUUCAUUUUCAGAUAGCAGUAUUGUUACCAUGGACAGUGUCACUAAUGAAGAUGUUUUGAAAGACCUAAAUGAUACAAAUGAUUUAACUAUGAGUGAGAUAAAGAGUUUGGGGUCUGAUUUACAUGAGAUAGAGGGUGUGGGGUAUGAUCUACAUGAGAUAGAUGGUGUGGGGUCUGAUCUACAUGAGAUAGAGGGUGUGGGGUCUGAUCUACAUGAGAUAGAGGGCGUGGGGUCUGAUCUACAUGAGAUAGAGGGUGUGGGGUCUGAUCUACAUGAGAAAGAGGGUGUGGGGUCUGAUCUACAUGAGAUAGAGGGUGUGGGGUCUGAUCUACAUGAGAGAGAGGGUGUGGGGUCUGAUCUACAUGAGAUAGAGGGUGUGGGGUCUGAUCUACAUGAGAUUGAGGGCGUGGGGUCUGAUCUACAUGAGAUAGAGGGUGUGGGGUCUGGUCUACAUGAGAUAGACGGUGUGGGGUCUGAUCUACAUGAGAGAGAGGGUGUGGGGUCUGAUCUACAUGAGAUAGAGGGUGUGGAGUCUGAUCUAUAUGAGAGAGAGGGUGUGGGGUCUGAUCUACAUGAGAUAGAGGGUGUGGGGUCUGAUCUACAUGAGAUAGAGGGCGUGGGGUCUGAUCUACAUGAGAUAGAGGCUGUGGGAUCUGGUUUACAUGAGAGAGAGGGUUUGGGGUCUGAUCUGCAUGAGAUAGAGGGUGUGGGGUCUGAUCUACAUGAGAUAGAGGGUGUUGGGUCUGAUCUACAUGAGAUAGAGGGUGUGGGGUCUGAUCUAAAUGAGAUAGAGGAUGUGGGGUCUGAUCUACAUGAGAUAGAGGGUGUGGGGUCUGAUCUACAUGAGAUAGAGGGUUUGGGGUCUGAUCUACAUGAGAUAGAGGGUGUGGGGUCUGAUCUGCAUGAGAUAAAGGGUUUGGGGUCUGAUCUGCAUGAGAUAGAGGGUGUGGGGUCUGAUCUACAUGAGAUAGAGGGUGUGGGGUCUGAUCUACAUGAGAUAGAGGGUGCGGGGUCUUAUUUGCAUGAGGAUUUAGAGGUUGUGGUGUCUGAUUUAAUGAUAGGGCAGAAUGACAGUUUCAGUAAAGCUGAUAGUGAUUUGGAUGAUGAAGAUAUACCUCUCAUUCACCUCUCUAAAAAAUACCAUAAAAAGCAAGUGGACAUUACUGCACAACAAGCAGACAAACAGCAUGUAAGUAGCUCAUCUGAUUUAAAUAAUACAAUGACUAGUGGAAGAGGGAGAAAAAGGGUAAGAAACAUAGAAGAGUGGAAAAGAAAUGUAAUGAAAAGACGUCGCAACGAGGGAAAGAGUUAUGAAUCCCGAAAAGGUAAGUUACAAUCCCAACGAUGUGUCAAGAAAGGUUGUGGUAUGGGGUGUAGAUACAAGUGUCACAAUAACUUCACAGAAAAUGAACGCCAUAAAUUGUUUGAUGGAUACUGGCAAAUGGGAGAUGUUAAUAAGCAAAGAAAUUUUAUAAUCAAAUUUGCAAUUCAAAAACCAGUAAAUACAAGGCGUUCCAACAUUAAUUCAGUAAAACGCACAUCAAUGGUUCUAUGGACACUUCCAAAAAAGAUGCCAGACGGAACAACAGUACCGGUAAGGAUUUGCAAGACAUUCUUUCUUAGUACCCUAGAUGUCUCUUCAAGAAUUGUAUCUACUGCUCAUGCUAAGCAAACAGAUAUAGGAAUGUGUGCAGAUGACUGCAGAGGUAAGCACCAUGUAAGACCCAAUAAGACAUCUGAAUUGCAGGAGCAAAUGGUUAAACAACAUAUUGAGUCUUUUCCAAGAAUGGAAAGUCAUUAUCGUAGAAAGGAUUCAAAAAAAGAAUACCUAGCAUCUGACCUAAAUGUUGUGAAAAUGUAUCAUUUGUAUGCAAAUUUCUGUGAGGAAAAUGACCACAGUCCUGUUUCAAUUUUCAUAUAUAGGCAAAUAUUUGAUGAACAAUACAAUCUGUCAUUUUACAAACCAUUAAAAGACCAAUGCGACCUGUGUGUGUCCUUUAAAAAUGCAAAUGAGCAUGACAAAAGUGAAAUGGCCAGUAAUUACAAACGGCAUUUACAAAACAAAGAUUUAGUUAAAGCUGAAAAAACUAAAGACAAAGAAAAGGCCAAACUUGUAAACACAAUGUGUGUUGCAAGUUUCGACCUUGAGCAAAUUUUGCAAACACCACAUAGUUUUGAGUCUUGUCUUUUCUAUAAAAGAAGAUUGAAUUCAUAUAAUUUUACAUUGUAUGAUAUGGGAAACUCAAAUGGUUAUUGUUAUGUUUGGAAUGAGACUAUUGCAAAGCGUGGUGGUUGUGAAAUAGCUUCAUGUGUGAAGUUAUUCAUAGAACAGAAAAGUAGUGAAGGUGUUAAAGAUUUUGUCUUUUACAGUGACAAUUGCCUUGGGCAGAAUAAGAACAAAUUUUACCUGUCCAUGUUAUGGUUUUGUUUACAUAAAUAUAAUCUUAAGAGCAUAACACACAAUUACUUGGAAAAGGGCCACACUUUUUCUGAAAACGAUUCAAUUCAUGCUGCCAUUGAAAACGCAAGCAGAAACAUCUCUAUUUACACAACGCCGCAGUGGGCAGCAACAAUUAGAACAUCAAGGCGUAAAAAUCCAUACUCUGUAAGGGAAAUGUCAUUGUUUGACUUCCAGGAUUUCAAAUUACUUUCAAGUUUACUAAAGAAUUUUGACAAAAAUACAGACGGUGAUAAGGUUUACUGGACUCAAAUCAGGUCAAUCCAUAUCUCUGAAAAUCUCAAUAAUGUAUUUGAAUAUAGAUCAGAUUUCAAUGGACCAGUAGGGCAGGUAGACCUUUUCCAAAGACUACGUACAAAGGAUCAGCCAAAUCCAAAACUGUUGUCCCUUUCUGUGUUAAGACAGGCAGAACUCCCCUUGUCCAGGGAAAAAAUGAUGGACUUGGUUGGGCUGUGUAGAAAAAACAUAAUACCACCCGUUCAUCAUGCAUUCUAUUUGCUGUUGCCCCAUGAAUAAGCACAGGGCCAUUUAUUCAGAAUGGGAGUGGAGUUCUGAAGAUAAAUUCAGAUUUGUUGAUAUAUUAUCUAUGAAAGCUUUUUUUCCAGAUCGUUCAUACAUAUGGGGGAAUGCACAUACCCGGUAAAUUGUGUCCAUAAUUGUGGGUAAACUGCUUGGAAUUAACUAUGUUGUGUCCAGACUUGUUGAGAUAUUUCAGAAUUGUGUCUAUUAUUGUGGGUAAACUGCUGGGAAUUAACUAUGCUGUGUCCAGACUUGUUGAGAUAUUUCAGAAUUGUGUCCAUAAUAAUUCAUUAAUUGUGGGUAAACUGCUGGGAAUUAACUAUGUUGUGUCCAGACUUGUUGAGAUAUUUCAGAAUUGUGGGUAAACUGCUGGGAAUUAACUAUGUUGUGUCCAGACUUGUUGUGUCCAGACUUGUUGAGAUAUUUCAGAAUUGUGUCCAUUAUUGUGGGUAAACUGCUGGGAAUUAACUAUGUUGUGUCCAGACUUGUUGAGAUAUUUUGGAAUUGUGUCCAUUAUUGUGGGUAAACUGCUGGGAAUUAACUAUGUUGUGUCCAGACUUGUUGAGAUGUUUCAGAAUAAAUGCCAUGAUUGCCACAAUGUAUAGUGAGAUUAUAAGGAUAAUGUAAAGGCAUUUUUCAUACAAAGUUUGUAGGUUGUGUGUAGAUUUAUAAAAUGUUGCAGCUAUUAA